GACGCUGGCGCGGUCGUUGAAAACCAACCGGGCAGACGUUGUUGACAUGACGCUGGCAGACAAGUCGCCACUAAAUAAGGGCGCUUCGGUCAAGUCCAGCGUUUAUUACUUGCCUUUCACACACGGGGACGGAUUAUAACAUUACAUCGGAAAUGGAGUUGUCUUCUCUUAUAAAGAAAAUAGGCCACUCUUUGGUGGAGAUAAGAGUUCGAGCACUGAAGAGCCUGUUAUGUAAGCUGGACCAUUCCCUGAUUUCCAUCUCGGACAUUGUCCAGGAAAAGAUGCUGUUUGUGUAUCUUCUGGAAUGGUUCAAUUUUCCGGAGGUGCCAAUGCAGGAAGAAGUGCUAGAGCUGAUCUCAACUUUGUCCAAGCAUCCUAGUGCAGCCCAGAUGUUGAGAGAUGUUGGGGUGGUGGACUUCCUCACACAACUUUCUCCUAAUGUGGAGCCCAGACUACGAGCUGUCAUCAGUGGAGCUCUGGACCAGCUGUUCCAACUACCUGAGCUGCUCCCCAGUCAUCCUCUGCCCUACACACACAAACUGCAUAACACACCCCCAACAGUUAUUCCACCCGAAAACAUUUCUAAAAUGGGCUAUUUUCACAGUUCAGGGCCAGUCCGUAAAGAUGUACAGUCUCAUAAGAUAGCAGUGCAUGAGUCUGUGAAAUGUCUGAAGUUUUCUGUUUUUCCAUGGCUGACUUUGACAAACACAGACAGACACAUACUUUCUUCCAAUGAAAGUUCUUUGAGAAGUAGCAACGCCAAGCUGCUGCUAACCACGUGUGAACUACUGUCUGAUGUCAUCAUGCUGGACUUUCCUGCUGAGAUCUUUCUACAGAGGCCCAGUAUUGUAAAGACUCUUCUGUUGCUGUUGAGGCUGGGUUCAGUUAAAGGUGAAGGGAGGUAUCUUCACGUGCAGGUUCUUUCCUGCUUGCGACAUCUGUGUGCAGGGCUAAGGCGGAGGCUGCGUCUUCAUCAAGAUCCAGGUUUCUACUCCACAAAGCAAGAGCCAGUAUCCCAGAACUCGUCCUUCUCUUACUCCCAGGAUGUGCGGGGAACUCAACGCUCUCAGGCUCCCUCCCCAGUGGCAGAGUGCUCUCCCCGUCCCUCUGUAGUGGGGCGGACAGGCCAGAGAGCCAGGGGAGAUGGUCAAGAUGGAGAUGCAGCUUCCAACAGUGGCAGUUCACAUAGAGGUGGAGCUGUAGCCCAGACCCCUGGGCAGAUGCCUCAGUCACCUGCAAAUGUGGCCCAUGUGGAGCUUCCUGAACUGGGCGUAGAAGAUGUCCUGGAGCUGCAGUUUCAGCAGCUCACUUUGGCUCAGUUUACUGUUGCAACGAUGGAGCAUGCCAUCCCACUACUUAAGACAGAGGGGUCGCAUGUGUUCCAUCAUGUUCUGGAACUGCUGUGUGACGCCGUCCUCCUGCUUGGGGACAGCGUUUGUGAGCUGGUCUGGGACGAUUGCAGCCUGGUGGGGAUGGAGCUGAAGGAGAAGCUACAACUCUGCAUGGAGCUGUUGGGCGAUAUCCUCAACUAUCAUCGCAGCUAUUCUGUAGAUAUUCCCCGAAGCACACAGCUUCAUCACAGAAUAGCCUAUAUAUGCACUGCAAUAUUCACCCUGAAACUGCUGCAGACCAUCCUCCCUCCUGAAAAGGCUGGGGACAAUCUUCCUGAAAGCACUGCAACUGCUGUUUUCCACCUCUGCUUGGACACAUCAUUGGGAUGUUUAUUACCCAGCAUGCAGGAGACAGCAGUAGCCUACUUGGAGCAGGUGAACUCACACAACCAUGACCUCUACAGGAGAGUGACUCGUGCUGCCCUCUGGAUGGAAUCCACUUGCAAUUUCCUCAAGGAUGCGCAAGCUGAGGGGGAAAAGAAUUGGUUGGAGUUACUGGAGCUGGCAGACCAAGCCAUAAGUGGCCUUCCAUUUCACCAGCAUUUACCUGUUGUCAAGGAAUGCGUAAAAAUCUGCUUUUACCUGUGGAAGUUUGAUCAUGCCAGUCCCCUCCUACAAACAGAGAGUCAAAAACUUCUUCUGAAGCUGCUGUCGCAUCCUUUACUACCUGUCAAGACUGAAACAUACCAGUGCACUUUAAACCUGGUCAAGGACUGCCUUGGCAUCCAGAAUGUGUCACGACAGGAACCAGAAUCCUGCAGUGGAGUCAACGUUCUUCUUCACCACAGGGUGCUGUAUGAAAUAAGUGCUUUUGGUCUCCAGGACUCUGCAGAUAAGGUGAAUGCUGCUGCCAAGGAUAUCCUGCUCUUCCUGCUCAAGGGACGAUUAAUGAUGACAGCGCCAUCCUGGGACAGAUUUACUGAGGCACUUUACCCAGUCAUGCCCAUAUUACAGGGCCACGCUAGCACUGAUGAGUCACUGGGAAACUGUGUCCUUCUGAUAAGUGACAUGUCAGACGAGGCCAGUGACGUGUUUCCAAGUAAAAUAAAGCUGAAAGCUGCCCUUCGACUCCUUUUCACUAAACAUCCCACUGUGAGAAUAGCAGCUGUGCAGCAAAUCCUUCCCCACCUAAACAUCUCUGAUGAAGCCAAAACACCCAGGCCAGACUUGGAUCAAUCAGUAAUCUCAUCACUUCCUAAUCUCUACUGUCUGAGAAACCCUGCAGACGUCACACUGGACACUAGCAACAAGUCUGUCCUCAAGGUGGAGCUGAUGGAGAAGCUCUUUUCGGUUCUGUCCUCAGUCACUGUUGAUAUGUCACUGAGAAGAUCAGCGGCAGAGCAGCUGUCUGUAGUGCUACAGAACACAGCAAUGCACCCAGUGCUGAAGAAUCUUGGCAUAACAGACAAAGUUAUUUCUUUCAUUACGGAGAGUGUAAACAGGAACAAGAGCUUUGAUUGUCUGCUGGAGCCAUGUGUAUGUAUCCUGAGGAAGCUGGUGUAUGCUGAUCCAUCUCUGAGGCACAGCCUGGCGCAGAGCAGCCCCCUGCUCCUCACACUGCUCAGGGCAUCCUUGAUACUGAAGGAGAACAAAGGUAAUGGAACAGAAUUUGCUGUUCUGAUGACUUUACUGCUAUUCGAUGAGAUUGCUAGCAUUGAAGUAUGGUCUGACACAUCCAGCGCAGACGUGUCUGUUGCAUCGUUCUCUCUGCCGCUGCCAGUAGUACGGAGCUACAACAUCCCGUUCCAAGCAGCGAGUCAUCACGCUGUCAGCCCAUAUUGUUGUGUCCUGCCUCCGUCUGCUGACCUCCUGAGCCUUGCCCCAACUUGUCAAGCCCUGCAGGUGGCGUGGAACACUGCAUGGUUCUCUGGGAUAGGCAACCUCCUGGAGGAGCUGCUCGGCGACUCUACUACAACUGCUGAAUUUCAUCCUGACUUGAAGCUGACAGAAGCGCAGGUUCUGUCUCUGCAGGCAGUGUACCUUCCCACCGCGCUGCGAGACUGCAUCCAGGCCAUUGUCACAGCAGCAGGACACAGUUCAGUGACCUCCGCUCUCUCCAGGCUCAGCCUCUAUUUGCUGAUCGACAGAAUGGCCCUCCCUCAUAUCCCCACCCACUGCUGCAGAGACACCCUUCACUCCCUCAGUUGGCGGAAAGCCCUGACCAGAUUUCUUCAGGUGCGUCCAGCCUGUGUUGAGGAUGAGAGGUUGCUAGUGGGCAUUGUUGCAUUUUUGAAUGCAUACUUCAAACAGAUGCACACAGAGUCUCCACCUGACCCAGAGGAUAAGGACCUGCGCUGGAUACUCGAGCUGCUUCUCAACCAGGAGGUUGCACAAGAGGAGUCCCUCCUUAACUGGCCACUUCAAAUCUCAACACAGAGUCCAGGGGGAGUAGAGGAGCUGAAGAACCAUCUCAGCCAGAAAAUUCAGAGAGAACUGACGACAUUCUUUCACACUUUAAUACUCAGACUAAGACACACUACGGACAGACUGUGUUUGGCAUUAGCCGGGCCCUUCAAGAGCCAGCUGGCAGUGCGUCUGCUUCAGAGCCUGCGGGUCUCUGACGCCCCGCGUUUCUAUGGCCUUCCCAGCCUGGAGAGAACGCUGCAGGGCAUGGUCGGCCUGACUGCCCAGCCUGGCUGGAGCGCCCACUGCCCUGAUCUGGAGCCUAUCACCCUCUGCUCAAAGUAUCUCAGUGGGCUGUUAGAGGUGAUUUCCUCAUUUUAUGUGGAGUGGGGAGGCAACUCCAUGUCCUUCAUGGGAAAAGGUGUGACCAAGAAUGCUGCCAUCUGCUUGCUUCAUCUGUCCCAUGAGAUGAUGGCUCAGAGUAAGGGAAGGGACUUCAUUUCCCAGUGGUCUUUGGGGACUGAGGCAGCUGCUGAGGAUGCUGGUGCCUUUCAGAUGGGUUUGGCCUGGCUUAUCCCCCUAUGGGUGGACAGAGAUCAAGAGGUGAGAUUUGCCAGCUUAGGUUUGGGCACCUCUCUGUCCUCUGUGCCCAGCGGGUGUCAGGCUCUGUGCACCAGCUGUCAGAACAUCAGCGGAGGUCUGUGGGGCACGUUGCUCAACAUCCUUUUGGACCAACAGGAGAGCAGCAUGGUCCGCAGACAGGCUGCAUUUAUCCUGCAGAACUUGCUGGUGAUGCCGAUGCCUGCCAACGCAGAAGAGGCCAAGGACUCCAACUGGCAGCACCCACGAGUCCAUGAUGAGGUCUCUGGGGUGUCUCUGGUGGGUCUUCCAGCGCUCCAGGCACUUCUUUACCACUGUCAGUACUUCGAGCACAUAGCAGCCUCUGCUUCCAAUUGUUACCGUGGCAGGUAUACUUUUCAAAUACAAAUUGGAGGUAGCAGUGUCACUAGUCAUCAGGAGAGCAGUUCCGUGGAAUCUGAGAACUAUCUGUGGUUUUGGAGAUGUGGUCUGCCAGCAUCCACUGUCAACUCUAGCAGACCUUCCAGCUCCCUCUCCACAUCCAGCACUGUGAUAAGAAGCUCUGGGCCAAACACUCCUAAGGCUCUCUCUCCACUGAGCAUCGCAGACGAUACCCCUGCCAGUAGACUCCUGGCCCAAGGCCAAAGUGACACAGACACCACCAACUCAGUCACAUCCCAAGACUCCCGACAGGGCGAGCCGUCAGCCACUGAACCUGUUGUCAUGGUAACACCCGACCUCCUGACAUCCCACUGUGGCCUGCUGACUAACCUGCUGGCCAUCCUGCCAGAUUUCACCCUCGCUGCCAUGCGACGGAGCCAGCUACUUCAAGCGCUGUCUAGUCUAGUGGAUAUUGAGCCCAUUGAAAAAUGCCUGACUGAACUGAAGACACCCAACAUCCUGCCAGGAGAGAGAGAGGAUAUCAAGAGCCAUCUUGUCACCCUGCUGCAGUUUCUGGCCAGCUUCUCUAAGCUGCUACAGUCAUGUGUCAUAGGAAGCAAGGAGCUGAUUGGCGAGCUGGACUUCCUGAAACAGGUGUUGGAUACUCUGGUUGCAGUGCUUGUCAUGGACAUCACAGGAUUUGAUCCAGGUACCCGAGACAGCGUUGGUGCGUGCUGGGCAGACGUGUUUAUGCUCCUGGCUACUCUGUUGAGGAGGGACAGCUCAGCAGCCUACCCAUCUGUCUCUGCUGCGCUGGGAAGACGCUGGCGGACAUUUGCAGGAACAAUAUGUGUGUGUCUGACUGAGACUUUCGCAGACGAGCAUCUCCACAAAAUGGCUCUGCAGUUCCUAAGUACGCUUUUCACGCAGGAGACUAAGUAUCGGCAUAUAGGGGCCACAGCCUUGGAGCCUCAAGGCACUACAGCUUUGACUGAGGUUGUGAAUGGACCCUCUUCCAGCCAGCUGUGUGAACUGUUAAUACAGAGUUUUGAAAAACUGACCCUUCAGGACCCUUUAAAGAAGCCGACGACUAAAGCUCUGAUGACACUGCUAGCGUGCAGUGCUGCAGCUCAGGAUCAUGCAGCCAAAGGUGGUUUAAUUGACAACUGUGUGGAGCAACUGAAGCAGAUUCACUCCCACCUCCACCUGGAGUCCGUCCGGCCUGGCAAGGCUUUCCACCGCAAAAAGCAGGAAGAUGUCUAUUUAAAGGAAGUCAAGUUGACUGCUGAGAUCCUGCGGUGUGCUGUUUACUGCAACGAUGAAUGCAAAGUGGUGGCCACAGAUGCUCGUCUAAUUCUGGCACUCUACGCUCUUUGGCCUUGGCUCCUGUUGGAUGACCCCGCCAUGGAGGCAGUGCUGGAGCUUCUGUGCGUCUAUACGGCCAACUGCACCACAGCAUGCAGUUCUCUGUGUGGCGGAGGUGGCGGCAGCAGCGGCGGCCCUGGUGUUGCACCAGGAUCAAAAGGCAGCUCUCUGAUGCAAUCUGUCAUGAAGCUGGCCUCAGGAGUUGCCCCAGACAACAGCCCCAUUCAGAAGCUCGCCUUCUCCCUCCUGGCAAACCUGGCCAUGUCCCGUGACUGCAGAGGUGCGAUGCAAAAGAAUAACUUUCUGCAAGCCUUCCUGUCAGUGCCAUCACCUAAGGUGGGUGGUGGUAAGGCAGCGUCCGUAGGCAGUAUUAGUGGGAGCCUCCUGGGCCUGUGGCUGAGGCUGCUGGUGAAUCUCUCCUUUGCGGAGGACGGCCAGCAGAGCGUGCUUAAGGUGACUGGAGCCCUGGAACUGCUGGCAGACCUGGCAAGCCAUUGGCACAACGCAUUGUUCACCCUUCACAACCUCUGCUUCUGCCCUGCCAACAAGCCACUCAUCAUUGCCAACGACAAAGCCAUGAAGGUGUUGCUUUCCUGCCUGGGAAGUAAAGAGGUGGAAACCCGCUGUAUGGGCGCUUCUGCUCUUUGGGCAUUGCUUCAUAACAACCAGAGGGCCAAGACUAAUUUAAAAUGUCCAUCUGUGCGGCUGAGAGUUGAGGAGGCGCAUAAGAUCUCUAAGAAAGAUGCGGAGAACAGUCAGAAGCCUAUGAGUGCCUACCUGACCAAGUGCCUAGAAAACCUUUCCCAGCUUUUAAAUAACUGAUUGUGUUUGUGUUGGUUGUUUUGUAUCAUGUUUUACAUCAAAUAUUAUUACAUUUUAUAAUAAAAUAAUAAAAGCAGCUACA